GAUCCUUCGCUUCGAGUCUACACUCCUCCAACAUGCGAAACUGGGAUGGAUGUGGAAGAAAGAGUCGGAGAAUCUAAUGUCUGAUGAAUAGUUUGCUCGCUCUAUUUCAGUACUGUUGCUGUCGAGCUCCUUGAAGUUUGAGGCUUGCGACGAGACAUCCAACUAUUGACUUCACCAAUGUCCGCCACAAACUCAUCUAGGCACUUUCAAGUGCUCCUGCGUCGUGUCAGGAAGUCUGCUUUGGCAUUUCCAUCAAUUUCUUAUAAGCUUCAAGCGGUACCAUGCUGCAGCACCCGACAAGCUCCCGCUGCAGCAGCCUUCAGCACUUCUGCCAUAACCCGCAACCUAGAGCAAUCGCCGCUGGGCAAUGCCAGUGAGCCCAGUGCUCUUCUUCAUCCGACUCUAAAGACAGCGCCUCUUAACGUUGUGGCGGCCAAGGGUACAACUGUGACGUUCUCCAAUGGCAAAAAGAUGGAGGAUACGACUUGUGGUGCAGCAGUAGCCUGCAUUGGCUACGAUAAUGAGAGGGUCAAAACUUCCAUGAUUAAGCAAAUGGAUAAUUUUUCUUAUUCAAAUUCAAUGUUUUAUGGGCAUCAAAUUGGCGAAGAACUGGCUGCGGAGCUCAUCAGGGGGACUAACGGGGAGAUGUCAAAGGUGUACCUGAUGUGCUCUGGAGCUGAAGCCAUGGAGGCAGCCAUGAAGAUGGCAAGACAGUAUUACAUGGAGCUGAACCCAAAACAGCCCCAGCGUACGAACUUCAUUGCGCGCGAAGGGUCUUUCCACGGCGCAACUCUUGGGUCGCUUUCGAUGAGUGGUCAUGUCGGACGGCGGAAACUCUUUGAGGGCAUGCUGUUCGACAACGUUCACCGUGUCUCGGCCGCCAACGAGUAUCGGGGAAAGGCUGAUGGCCAGACAACGGAGGAUUACGUCCAGCAAUUGGCAGAUGAGCUGGAUCGAAAGUUCCAGGAGAUUGGACCUGAUACUGUUUGUGCAUUUGUUAGUGAGCCUGUUGUUGGGGCGACCCUUGGCACAGUCCCUGCGCCUGCUGGCUAUUUCAAAGCUAUGAAGAAAGUAUGCGACAAGUACGGGGCGCUCCUCAUUUUGGACGAGGUCAUGUGCGGGAUGGGUCGUUGUGGAUCACUUCAUGAGUGGGAGCAAGAGGGCGUCGUCCCAGAUAUUCAGACCGUUGCCAAAGGUCUAGCAGGUGGAUUCGCACCAAUGGCUGGCAUGUUUAUCAACCAUCGUGUGUCAGAUGCGUUGAUAGCUGGAACUGGCGUUUUCGCACACGCACAUACUUAUCAAGGACACCCCGUGGGAUGUGCUGCUGCACUAGAAGUUCAGCGAAUCAUAAGAGAAGAUAACCUCGUCGAGAAUGUUCGCGAGAACGGCGAAUAUCUGGGCAAGCUUCUGCAUGAGCAACUGGACGGCCACCCCUACGUCGGUAACGUUAGAGGCAGAGGCUUCUUCUGGUCGCUGGAAUUCGUGGCCUGCAAGAAGACGAAAGAGCCGUUCCCGCCAUCAGCAGGAAUCGCGAAGAAAGUUCAUUUGGCAGCGCUCAACGAUGUAGGCAUCAGCUUCUACCCGGGAAUAGGUACCAAGGACGGUGUGACUGGAGAUCACGCGUGGAUAGCACCUGCUUACACGAGCACAAAGCAUGACAUUGAGAGGAUAGUUUCCAAGGUCAAAGAGUCGGUAAUCCUAGCCCUCGGGUAGAUUUACAGGUGAGAAAUUCGAAGCUCCAUAGGUCCAAGCAUGAACAAAGGCAACGCAACCUCCCUCUCCUAAAUCCCUCUAAUCCACACACACUGAAUCUUCGCAAAACUUCAUUGAUGCGUUCCUUAUUCGCCGGCGACGACUGCAAGCCGAUGGUCAUUACUUCUUCUUUAAGAUGUCUUAGCUAAACUAUAAAAGCCAAUAAUAAAACUACCAAAUUUAGCCGUAUCAGAAAAUAAAAAAUACUGAUUGG